AGAAAAUAGCCGAUAAUGAACAAGUGAAUGAGUGACGCGGUCGUUGCUAGUGGUUGCCAUGACGACACUAAACCGACCGCGAUAAACUCGCGUUUCAGGAGAGAGCGAGUCUGUUGAGGAUGUCCGACGUGUUCAAACACCAAAGACGGGAGAGGAAGGGCAGCAAAGUGGCCUCUGAGGCCAGCUAUGGCGUCCGAGGCACCAAGACAGCAGGCAGAACUAAAGACUCCAUCAGCACUGUAUCCAACAUCGAAGAACUAGGACAGCCUGAUGAAAAUGCUCAGCGGGCUGGGAAGCUUGAGAACCCCUAUCAGCAAGGGGCUUACAAACGCUUUCCAGUGUCUGCAGCCAAUGACAUUCUGAAGGACGUGCUCGCCAACUACCUCCAAGAGGAGAAGUAUGAGGUUGAGUGGGCUCGGCAAAUGACCAAAACAAUCUGCGAGGUGAUACAGUCUCGAGUUAAAGACCUGCUCAUCCCGCGAUACAAGAUUGUCACCCUGGUUCACAUUGGGCAGCUGGCUGGGCAGAGCAUGCAGAUCAACAGCCGCUGUCUCUGGGAUGCGUCCAACGACACGUUCGCGUCGCACUCUUUUAAGAACAGCUCCCUGUAUGGGGUUGCUACUGUCUAUGCUGUUUAUUUUGAAUGA